CGACUGUCUGCGGAUGGACACUUUCCUAGAAAAGUAUUAUCUUUCCACCAUGUACAGCCUCGAGUUCAUUUUGGGCCUCACUGGAAAUACUAUUGUUGUGUUCGGCUAUGUGUUCUGCCUGAAAAAGUGGAAAAGCGGCAACAUCUACCUGUUUAAUUUAUCCCUGUCCGAUCUGCUGUUUCUGUGCACCCUCCCUGUGCUGGUGAAGAGCUACUCGACCCAGUGGGCAAACCAGCUGUUCUGCCACAGCAACCGCUUCCUGCUGCACGCCAACCUGUACACCAGCAUCCUCUUCCUCACCUUCAUCAGCAUCGACCGCUACCUGCUCAUGAAAUACCCCUUCCRCGAGCAUUUCCUGCAGAAGAGGCGCACGGCGGUUAUCGUGUCCGUCGCCCUGUGGGUCUGGGUGAUCCUGGAGCUGCUGCCGCUCAUCCAUUUCCUGGGACCCGUUGCUGCUGCCAACAACAGCAAGUGCCUCGAUUACGCCAGCUCGGGGGACCCGGCAAAGAGCAUCAUCUACAGCAUGGUGCUGACUGUCCUCGGGUUCCUCAUCCCGCUCUGCGUCAUGUGCUUCUUCUACGUGAAGAUGGUGAUAUUUCUCAAGAACAGGAACGAGCAGCGCAACUCGCCGCUGACGCUGGAGAAGCCGCUCUCCCUGGUCAUCCUGGCCGUGGUUAUCUUCUCGGUGCUCUUCACUCCGUACCACAUCAUGCGCAACGUGCGGAUCGCCUCCCGCAUCCCCGCGCUGGCCGUGGCCCCGUGCACCCAGCACCUCAUCAGCGCUGUCUACAUCGUCACCCGGCCCAUCGCGUUUAUGAACAGCGCCAUUAACCCCGUGUUUUAUUUCCUAAUGGGCGACCACUUCCGAGAAAUGCUGAUGGCAAAAGUAAGGCAGCUCUUGCUCAGAAAAAGAGCUGGUAAGGACAAUUCAGAUCCUGGAAGACAAGGAACAGAAAAAGACAGUAGCGCGGGAUGAACUUCCACGCCGUCCAGUUCCAGCCUUUUAGACCGCUUCACGUAGGCUGUAGCUUGUGCGUAAGCUGUUGUGUUCCUGCCUUGCUGGCUCCCUCCUGCCCGUUCGGUGCCAGCGAA